UAGUGUUUUGUUGUUUUAUGCAUGAUUGCUGUGUGCACAUUCGACAAUCAAAAAUUUACAGCUGAUAAAGAGCGAUCUUCUUAAUAUACUUUCAUCAACCUUCCCCAUGCCCAUGGCAAAGGUUCGUUGCACAAUGCGAGUUUUUGAUUGGGAAGCUUCAAGUAUCAAAAGUACAUUUAAUAGUGUUCUCCACAACAUAAAUUCCACCAUCGAUCGAGUAGUCACACGCCAGUAAACGCCAGUUGGUAAACGAUUGUUGUCCGCAAGUGGUCAUCAAAUAGCUUCACGAUGAAAGUUCUACUGCUUUUGCUAAUUUUCGGUUGUAUUUUGUAUAUUUUCCAUCGCUAAAAGGAAAGCGUUCCUUUUCCCGUCAUCAUGCGGCGCCCCCGAGUGCUAGUGACACAUCAUCAGGUGCAGCCGGUUGCAUUGGAGCGUUUGCGCAAGGAUUGUGAUGUGAUCGUCCCAGCAGUAGAUUUCCCAUCCCGUGCUCAAAUACUCGAUCUCUGCCCGGGCGUUGAUGGCCUGCUGUGGACAAGCUACAAGAUGAAGCUGGACCGAGAGGUCCUGGAUGCAUGCGGAGCACAGCUGAAAGCGAUUUCCCUCACGAUGAACGGUGUCGAUUGUGUCGAUGUGAAGGAGCUGGCUAGAAGAAACAUUCCACUCGGACAUACACCCUACAUCCCGAACCGUGCAGUGGCAGAUUUAGCCGUAGGUCUGAUGCUUUCCGUCAACGAGCGACUGUUAUCUACUGCUGGCGAAAUAUGUUAUCAGCGUCAGCCCAUCCAAGGAUCAACGAUCGGUAUCGUAGGGUUCGGUGGUAUUGGCCAGUUGAUUGCCAGCAGACUGCAAGCGUUCGAUGUCGGCUGCAUCCUCUACUGUGGCCCGCGUCCCAAAGCGAGUGCAAACGCCUUCCAUGCCCAGUUCGUAGCGUUCGAGCAGCUGCUUGUACGGUCGGAUUUCGUAUUCAUCAGCUGUCCCCUAACCGACGCUACCGUUCGGAUGUUUGGCCGGGAAGCAUUUGCAGCGAUGAAGCCAACUGCCGUACUGAUCAACGUUGCACGUGGCGCGAUCGUCGACGAGGCUGCCCUGCUGGAUGCGUUGAAAGGUGGACAAAUAAGCGCGGCUGGAUUGGAUACUGUGACGGAUGAACCAUUACCGCCGUAUAGUGAACUGUUUAACCUGCCAAACUGUGUGAUUCUACCACACCUGGGAACGGCAACGAAACGGACGCGCGACGAGAUGGCUGUACGAGCGGUGGAGAAUUUAAUGCACGGUUUGCGGAAUGCAACGAUGCCCGCACAAUUUCAGACGCAAUAAGGUCCAUUCACUUCAUCAA